AUGGGCGUGGGAAUAUCAGUCUUGAUGGGAUUGAAAUCAGCAGUACUUUUCCUCUUCUUCGUAUCCAUGAGAAGUCUCGGCUUUGCGUUGUUGUCUAUGCCGUUCUUGUAUGCUUCAAUGAUAGCUGCCUUAGUUUCUGUAGCUUCUCACCCGUCAGUCGAUCUUCCAAUCCUUCUGGGUAAAAGCACGGAUGGUAGUUUUCCAAUUUGGUCCGCCAUCAUGUUCAGCCCCUACUUAUACUUGGUCAGAUUGUUUUCGCUGUUGCGUCGAUCAGCCAGCGGCGAGGAUCCUUACAGUGAGGUUUCUGAGGGUGUUUAUGUUGGUGGGUGGCCUUAUGCUGCUGACAAAUUGCCGCCGGGCAAUCCGGCGAUUAUCGAUUGCACUUGCGAGUUCCCGAGAAGACCGGAGUUCAAAGGACACUCUUAUCUGUGUAUUCCGACUUGGGACACGAGGGCGCCUCAGCCCGUGGAUAUUGAGUCGGCUGUGAAGUGGGCGGUCCGGAAGAGGGCUCAGAAUCGGCCUGUGUUCAUCCACUGCGCAUAUGGUCAUGGAAGAAGUGUUGCUGUCAUGUUGGUGAAUGUGGGUUCAAUGAAACAACCAAAUGUCUACUAG